CCUCCCCUCCUUCCUCCCUCCUCCACCUCCUCCUCCUCCUGCCGGCCACAUUCCCCGCUACCUUUCACCCCUGAGAAACCCCGAUCUGACGUUGAAGCAGCGCGGACAAACCCCGGGACAACAUGACGUCAGGUGUGACAGUGAACGAUGAGGUCGUCAGGGUGUUCAACGACAUGAAGGUGAGGAAGUCGUCAUCCCAGGACGAGGUGAGGAAGAGGAAGAAGGCGAUCCUGUUCUGUCUGAGCGAGGACAGGAAGAAGAUCAUUGUGGAGGAGGGGAAGCAGAUCCUGGUGGGAGACAUCGGCGAGACGGUGGACGACCCCUAUGCUUGCUUCGUUAAGCUCCUCCCCCUCAACGACUGCAGAUACGGCCUGUACGACGCCACUUACGAGACCAAGGAGUCCAAGAAGGAGGACCUUGUCUUCAUCUUCUGGGCUCCAGAAACGGCUCCACUGAAGAGCAAGAUGAUCUACGCCAGCUCCAAAGACGCCAUCAAAAAGAAGUUUACAGGUAUCAAACACGAGUGGCAAGUGAACGGACUGGACGACAUCCAGGACCGCAGCACGCUGGCUGAGAAGCUGGGCGGGAACGUGGUGGUGUCUCUGGAGGGCAAGCCGCUGUGAUGUCACUGCGGCGAGCCGAGCGGAGCCAAGCCAACCGCCGUGCCAUCCGGACCGAAGCACCUGACCCCACCUGAACACCGCCGCUUCACUCAGCAGCUUGCUCUGUCUGUAUCCAUGUCCUGAAGGAGUUAGCGUCUUUAGGCCUCUUUGUUUUUGUUUUUGUUCUUUUUUUUUUCCUAACAUGAAGGAGAUCUCAUUAACAUAACGAUAUGCAAACACCUCCCAGUUUGUUGCCACCUGACUUCUGUUCACCUGGCACAGUAAACAAAAGAUGACACACUACCAAACCCCAGGAAGGUUGUCUCUCUCACAGCCAGAGUUUUGCCAAAAAGUCCAUGUGAAGGAAGCAGACGAAUGUGUUGGAGGCGGGCGCCAUGCUACGAAGCUCCGCCUCCUGCAGCACACGGGUCGCAGCAUGAAGCUUUUUACAUAUGACUUUAUUUAUUAUUGUUCACUGUUUCUUCUCCAGCGUGUUAAAGCAGGCAGACGUAUUGUUAGACUAUGCAUCAGAGGAAGAGAAGAAGAUGUAACCCGGCACUUUUUGUUAAACACUACAGAACGUCAAAGCCUCUGUUUAUGUCAUCAAGAGAAUGUUUGUUUACCUCGCCUCAUUCCUGUCGGACUCACGUCAUUCUAGCUGUUUGGUCGUCGCCUUACUUCAGUUUGAAUGUAACCGUCACACCACCUAGUUAGAGUGCACUUUGUUUUUGUGAAGAAACUCAACAGGAAGCAGAUUAGCCCCGCCCCUCAGUGAGAGAUGACCCCACUACAACAACAACACGUCAACAUCUGGAGCCUUAAAGUGGAAUGUUGUUUCUGAGAUCACAGGAAGCCACUUUGCAAUAAAAGCCUGUGGCAGAUCUGA